AUGGCUUACUCCCCUGCUCCUCCAUCCCCCGGCCCUGGAGGCGGUGCACCAAACAUGUCAAACGGCCUGCACUCCAGAGGUCGCUCGACCAGUCCCCCGACCAGCAUGCCGCUUUCGAAGCGGGACAAACGGCGCAGCGCGCUCCAAGAACGCCUCCACGACCUCACGGCGUCUUUCAGUCAGAAUCGCGAUACCCAGUUUCGCCAGCAGUUGCAUGCUCUGCAGUGCGAUAUGACCCUCAUCAACAGUGCCGAUCCUUACAAUCCGGGCCCUCUCCCCGAUUCCGCUGAGGAGAUUGCACGUUUGAUUGAGAAUACUGUUGGCGGCGGAAAGUUCGCAAAGGAUAUGGCGAACUUAUCCGGGAUGUGGUAUUCCCGCUUUGUGCAGGAGGUCAAUCAGGCCAAGACGGAGCGAGAUGCGGAACUCACUAUGCUGAUGCACCGUCAUAAUAACAACCUAGAAAGGUUCCAGCGAGAGUAUGCCUUCCGCGCCCAUUUCGCAGAAGAAGAAUACAAUCACCUCUCUGGCACCCUCCGUGAGCGCCUCGUGCAGACGCUUUCGGGCAAGCGGGCACGCCUCAUGAGAGAAAAGGAGCAGCUCGAUAUCGCAGAUACAAACGCCCUUCUCCUUCAUCCCAAUCAAUUCAGCAUCACCAAUCCUGCCAGUCCUGGCGGGAUUCAUGGCAAUCGCAAAACCAGACAUACCCGGCAUCGUGUGGACCUGGAUGAGUUAGGCAAUGGAAUCAUGUCGGAACAUCUGAACAAGAGAAAGAGAAAGGCUCCCGAAGAGGACAUUGGGUCGCCCGUUCGGGAGAAUCCGGCAGAGCGUGCUAAGGCCCAGGUGGCCCAGCAGCAACUCGCGCCGACAUACUCCAUUCAUUCCCUCUUCACCGAGAAGGAAUUGAGUGCGCAUGCUAACCAGGCACACAUCGCCACCGUUCAUUUCUUCUCUACAUCGAAACGACCUGACCAACCUUUCGGUGCUGCCACAAACGGGAACAAUACCGAUGCGGACGAAGCGUCCGGUCUCGAUGGCACCGGUGCGGAAGACAAUGGCACCCCCGCCACCGACAUGGCUCGAACCGCAAGCCAAAACUUUCAUGCAACACGCUCUACCCGUACGCAUGGCAACCACGCCCUCAACCCGUUGGCUGAACUUUCCGAUAAACCAGCCGUUCGCCCUAACCUUCCAUACAAUAUCCUCGCCAACUACCAUGCCCGACCCAGCAACAGCGGUGCUCCUCCGCUACCGCCAUUGAUGAACGAGGAAGUUGAUGACGAUUGGAUCCGUAUCGAGAAAUUGCAACACAAACACCCGGGACACGUCGACAAGAACCUCAUCCGCUUACUCGUCGAUCCAACACCGGCCGAAGUCGACGGCGUGCCGCAAAACCCGAAUAGAUUCAAUUUACUACACCCCGACUUCCCCACAGAGAUGGGCAUGCAUCUAUACCCCCUGAACAAGAACCUUGGAGAGAGCAACGAGCGAUCCAAGAAGCCGCGGACCGGUUAG